AUUUUAGCUCAACAAUGGUCUAAAGCAAAGACGGCGAACCGAGAUCAGAGUCUGCAUGAACUAUUUAACGAUUCUGCUGUGCAACCGAAAACCGACGAUGCUCUCGCGCCGGAGCAAGGAGAAGUCCCAGGCACACAAGGAGGGCGUGGUGGGGAAGUACGUGAAGAAGGACACUCCGCCAGAGAUCCCGGUGAUCAAUGUGUGGACCAGCGACCAGCGGGCUAAGAAGAAGUCGCUCCAGCGCUGCGCCAGCACCUCGCCCAGCUGCGAGUUCCAUCCGCGCAGCUCGAGCACCAGCCGGAACACGUACUCCUGCACGGACUCGCAGCCGGACUACUACCAUGCCCGGCGCGCCCAAAGCCAGUUGCCGCUGCAGCCGCACACCCCGCACCAGCUCCCGCACUCUCUGCCCCACAAGCAUCCGCAUGUGCACACGCAUCCGCCGUUGCCGCCGCACCAGUUCCGGGCAAGCAGCAACCAGCUUAGCCAGGGCAGCAGCAGCAGCAACUACGUGAACAUCGAGCAGAUCGAGCGGAUGCGGCGCCAGCAGUCCUCGCCGCUGCUGCAGACCACUUCCUCGGCAGUAGGCGCCGGCGGCGGUGCCUUCCAACGCAGCUACUCCACCACACAGCGGCAGCAGCAUCCGCAUCCGCACAUGGCGGCCGCCAGCUACGAUGCGGACCAGGGUCUACUCAGCGCCAGCUAUGCCAACAUGCUGCAGCUGCCGCAACGACCGCACUCGCCUGCCCACUACGCCAUCCCGCCGCCGCAGCAGCAGCAGCAUCCGCAGCUCCACCAGCAGCACGCCUCCACGCCUUUUGGCUCCACGCUGCGCUUCGAUCCGGCUGCCAUGUCGAUCAGGGAGCGACAGCCGCGGUACCAGUCCACUAGGUCCCCGAUGCAACAACAGCAACAGCUCCAGCACCAGCAACUGGCAGCGCACCUGAGCGGCAGCUACUCCAGCGACUCAUAUCCCAUCUACGAGAAUCCGUACCGCGUCUCCUCGAUGCGCGCCACCCAGUCGCAGCGCUCGGAGUCGCCGAUCUACAGCAACACAACGGCGUCGACAGCCACGCUGGCCGUGGUUCCACAGCCGCACCACCAAGGUCAUUUGGCGGUGCCUAAUGCGGGCGGAGGAGGAUCUCUAAGCGGCAGCGGUCGCGGCGGCAGCUCGGGCAGCAUUCGAGGCGCCUCUACCUCAGUGCAAUCGCUGUAUGCUCCACCCAGGACACCACCCAGCGUAGCAGGCGGGACUGGGAGCAGUGCCAACGGAUCACUGCAGAAGGUGCCCUCGCAGCAGUCGCUCACGGAGCCCGAGGAGCUACCCCUGCCGCCGGGAUGGGCCACGCAGUACACGCUGCACGGGAGGAAGUACUAUAUCGACCACAAUGCGCACACUACGCACUGGAACCAUCCGCUGGAGCGCGAGGGCUUGCCAGUAGGCUGGAGACGGGUAGUGUCCAAGCUGCACGGCACCUACUACGAGAAUCAGUAUACCGGACAGUGUCAGCGCCAGCACCCUUGCCUGACGUCCUACUACGUUUACACCACGUCGGCGGAGCCGCCAAAGGCCAUUCGUCCGGAGGCGUCGUUGUACGCUCCUCCUGCCCACACGCACAAUGCUCUGGUGCCCGCCAAUCCAUAUCUACUCGAGGAGAUCCCCAAGUGGCUGGCUGUGUACUCGGAGGCGGACUCCUCCAAGGACCACCUGUUGCAGUUCAACAUGUUUAGCUUGCCGGAGCUUGAGGGCUUCGACAGCAUGCUUGUGCGGCUCUUCAAACAGGAGCUGGGCACCAUUGUGGGCUUCUACGAGCGCUAUCGUCGCGCUUUGAUACUCGAGAAGAACCGACGCGCCGGCCAGAACCAGAAUCAGAACCAGUGAGCAAAGCUCCAUUGGGGAAAUGAAUGCAGGUCUGGAGACGAAGACUCACGCAUGAAUGAAUAAUAACCAAUCCCAAACGAGAAUGCAUCGUCUUCUGAGCUCUCUA